AUGGCCAAGCUGAUCCUCCUUACAGGUCUGGUGCUUCUGUUGAAUGCUCAGCUGGGCUUUUCCUACCAGCUGACAUGCUACUUCACCAACUGGGCCCAAUACAGACCAGGCCUUGGGAAAUUCAAGCCUGACAACAUCGACCCAUGCCUCUGUACCCAGCUGAUCUAUGCGUUUGCUGGCAUGAAGAACAAUGAAAUCGCCACCAUUGAAUGGAAUGAUGUCACCCUUUACCAAGCUUUCAAUGGACUGAAGAACCAGAAUUCACAACUGAAGACUCUCCUGGCUAUCGGGGGUUGGAAUUUUGGAACUGCACCAUUCACUGCAAUGGUUUCCACUCAACAGACCCGCCAGACUUUCAUCAACUCAGUAAUCACAUUCUUACGUCAGUAUGAAUUUGAUGGGCUGGAUUUUGACUGGGAGUACCCUGGUUCCCGAGGCAGCACUGCUCAGGAUAAGUCCCUUUUUACUGCUCUAGUUAAGGAAAUGCGGGCAGCCUUUGAACAGGAGGCAAGUCAGACAAACCGGCCCAGGCUCAUGGUCACUGCUGCUGUGGCUGCUGGACUUUCCAACAUUGAAUCAGGCUAUCAGAUUCCUGAGCUCGGCCAGUAUCUCGACUACUUCCAUGUGAUGACCUAUGACUUCCAUGGCUCCUGGGAAGGAUACACUGGCGAAAACAGCCCUCUGUAUAAAGGACCUGCUGAUACUGGAAGCAACAUCUACUUCAAUGUUGACUAUGCCAUGAGCUACUGGAUGAACAACGGUGCCCCAGCAGAGAAGCUCAUUGUUGGAUUCCCAACUUAUGGACACACCUUCGUGCUCAGCAACCCAUCCAACACUGCUGUUGGUGCUCCAACUUCUGGGCCAGGGCCUGCCGGACCAUAUACAAGACAAUCUGGGUUCUGGGCUUACUAUGAGAUCUGCACCUUCCUGAAGAAUGGAGCCACUCAAGCUUGGGAUGCUCCUCAGGAUGUCCCAUAUGCUUACCAAGGCAAUGAGUGGCUUGGGUAUGACAACAUCAAGAGUUUCAACAUCAAGGCUGAAUGGCUGAAGCAGAACAACUUUGGAGGUGCCAUGGUAUGGGCAAUUGAUCUGGAUGAUUUUACCGGAACUUUCUGCAAUCAAGGCAAAUUCCCCUUGAUCACCACUCUGAAGAAUGCCCUUGGAUUGCAAAGCUCUAGCUGCACCCCUCCUGCCCAGCCCCUUCCUCCAAUCAGUGGUGGAGGAACUGGUGGUGGAAGCUCUGGUGGUGGCAGCAGCUCUGGCGGUGGCAGCAGUUCUGGUGGCGGCAGCAGCUCUGGUGGCAGCGGAUUUUGUGCUGGCAAAGCUAAUGGUCUGUACCCGGUGGCCAGCAACAAAAAUGCUUUCUGGCACUGUCAGAAUGGAAUCACAUAUGAGCAGUAUUGCCAGACAGGCCUGGUCUUUGAUACAAGCUGCACCUGUUGUAACUGGGCAUAA